AUGGCAUCAUCAGGCGGCCGCCGAUGGCAGAGCUUCCUGCAAGAGCUCGUAAUGGUCGCCGGCACGUCGGCUUCGGCAUACUUUCUCAUUCGCUAUCUCCUAUCGCGCCUCGAUUUCGACCCGGAGAGCCAGAAGAAGGAGGAGCAACGACAAAAGUCAGCAACCAUUCUGCGCCGACUUGAUGGCGGAGAUGAAUCAGAUGACGAAAAACGAGGGAGCACUAAGAAGGGUCGCCGCCAACGACGAGGCGAGCUAACGCUCAAUCAAUAUGAACAAGCCGUUGCGAUGGACGUGGUUGCGCCUGAAGAUAUUAAUGUCUCGUUUGAAGACAUUGGAGGUCUCGAUCAUAUUAUUGAAGAGUUGAAGGAAUCCGUGAUCUACCCAUUGACUAUGCCUCAUCUUUACUCGUCAACUUCGUCUCUCCUCACCGCACCGUCCGGUGUUCUUCUAUAUGGCCCGCCUGGUUGCGGAAAGACUAUGCUCGCGAAGGCACUGGCGUCCGAGAGUGGCGCUUGUUUUAUUAACUUGCAUAUCUCAACAUUGACGGAGAAGUGGUACGGUGACUCGAACAAACUAGUGAAUGCGGUCUUUUCUCUCGCACGCAAGCUUCAGCCUGCGAUUGUUUUCAUUGAUGAGAUCGACGCGGUCUUGGGAACCCGGAGGAGCGGCGAACACGAGGCAAGCGGUAUGGUGAAGGCGGAAUUUAUGACACAUUGGGAUGGUCUUACCUCCGCCAAUUCGACGGGUGAGCCCCAGCGCAUUGUUGUGCUUGGAGCUACCAACCGGAUGCAGGAUAUCGACGAGGCCAUUCUCCGGCGUAUGCCUAAGAAGUUCCCUGUCACCCUUCCUCCUGCCCAACAGCGACUCCGAAUCCUUAGCCUAAUCCUUAAGGAUACUAAGGUUGAUCGGGAUAACUUUGACCUCCACUAUCUGGUCAAAUCUAUGUCCGGCAUGUCCGGUAGCGAUAUCAAGGAAGCCUGCCGAGAUGCGGCUAUGGCUCCCGUACGCGAGCUGAUCCGUCAGAAGAAGGCUGACGGUAUGCAAAUAACAGCCGUUGAUCCUCAAGAAGUUCGUGGCCUUCGCACAGAAGACUUCUUCGCCCGAGCCGGUGGCGUGAGGGUUAUGCCUCCUCAAGUGCCUACCACUCCAACUGGCAAGGUCAUUGAGAAAGAAGAGGGUGAUUGGACGACUGAGGAUGAGGCCGCCUCGGAGACUGAUGGUCGGCCCUCUGAGAUGGCUGAGCCUCCAGAGUGA